CUGACAUCCUCCUUGUAUCUAUCUGCUCUACUGCCAAACAUUCACCACCUCCAUUAAUUAAAAUUAUCGUUGCUGGGUUUUAGCUUCUUCGAUAAACUUUCACCCGCAAUCGAACCUUUUUACUACCUACCUGGUAUUCAAACUUGCGCCUAUACCAUCCAACGUUGGCUUCCUAUAAAAGGGGGCGGCCCAGCCCAUACCAUAUGUGAUGACGCGGGAAGUAAAUCGGCCAGUGGACAACGAUCCUGGCAACAAUAUUCUCGAUGCCGAAAUCUUAGAUGCCCUCUGGGAACAGGUCCCAUUCCCAAGGCUACCCGCCGAUGCGCCAUCCGAGAUGAAGGAACUGGUUAUUGAUGUUGAGAAUCCCAGGAGGGUUUACGCUAUCCACCGCGCCAGCCGCCGCCACGAUCUACAGUUGAUAGUCGAGAAGUUCAUCACCCAACUGCGGUACGGGUGCGGCUUCAGCGCGUGUACUACCCCGUCUUGUUUUAGUUGCCGAAAGCGACUGGCUGGUAAAGCCCCGAUUCGUCGAUAUAACCCAACCAGUGCAAGGACUCUAGCCAUAUUCCUCGCAAGCCAGGACGAUGCCGAUGAUCGACUAUGUCCCCAUCUACACCCUCCAGCCGGUCCUAGCGACGCUAUAAAACCCCUCAUAUUCGGUUUAAAGUACACGACACCUUCCAGCGAUGCAGCUGGCCCGGUUCACGCGGGCGCUGCCAAAGUCAAAUCUCCCAAGGGGGCCCCAGGACGGGUAGCGUUAAAAAGGGGACAAACACCGGCAUCGAAUGCCUCGUCAUCCGCACAGAUGAAUCGCAAGACGACAGGCCGGAGCCAGAGCAGGCCUCCCGAAGUUGACACCACCAAGAAAAGGCAACCGUUGCGGCCCGAUGGCUUUGAUGGAGUACAAAUUACUGAAAAGUCGGUUAGCAAGGACUACCGCUCCUUCGCUGCUAACGUGUUUGGAUCUGUCGCGUUCAAGAUGUUGGAGUGGUUAACACCAAAUAAUGUCGAAACUCUGUCAAACAAAAUCUCAAUCGUAGACAGUACACUCGAGUCCAUUGAACGUUAUCGAGAAAGCACAUCUCAAUCAGGAGACCAGAGUGGGAGGACUAGCCCAACGUCUACUCCGUCGAGACCCGAUCCAGAAAACGAAGUGGGCCUUAAAAAGGCCUCUGACAUGCCUCGAUAUGCUGCCCGAGCUCUCUCGCCUAAAGGCGAUGUUACCGGAUUUUACCAGAGAGUACAUUCUGAACGCCCGGCUGUUUCUAACCCCAAUCCUCAGGGUUUACCGCCACAUCAAAGACGGACUUCGAAUGCCCGGAUUCGUCCGUCCUCUGUUUCCAAGUCGCAGACCAAGAUUGCGUCAGAGCCUUCAGUCGACUCUAUCGUAGACGAAACACCGAUCAUAUCACCCAGCGUUCCUACCCAGCCGGAGAAGGUUUCUAAAGGACUAAUUCGGCCUCCGCCAGCUAUAGCCCGGCCAGCAUCUCAGGUUGUGGAGAGCGAUAUUCAUACACUACCGGAGAGGGAAACCUUAGAUCUUCCUAGUCCUCAUUCCCGUGUAGAUGAGCACUAUCCUCAGUCGGAUGGAAAUAAUGGUGAAGAGACAUCAAGCAGUGCAGAGACUACGCGGUCCUCAGACGUACUUGAUGAUACUCAAGAUGCCCUAGAAACCACCGACAAGACGGAUACAACGUCUGAGCUAGAUAGCUACUUGCCCCAAUCGCUGGGACGGUUCAAUGUUCAAGCGAUCAAUUUCAUAUGUGAUGUUUUACAAGAAGACGCUACCUCCGAGAGGCAUAUGCUAGAGCCACCAAUCGUUGAUGAAUCGAUUAAACGGUCGUCAAAUCGGCUGAAGUCGUGGAAGAGAAAAAGAAAGUCCCACGCCCCUUAUCCACAAGACCUAAAGUUCCAGUGGAAACUAUUUGUCGAACAAAGUAUCUUCCAUGUUCUAAGCGACCCUCAAGCCGUGUUAGACUCCUUUACCAGCGCCAGUGGUAUCGUCGACUCUCAGACACUAUGGUAUUGCAUGUUACGCUUAACAAGAGUAGCACCCAACCUCGUCUUCGAUAGCCUCUGGAUUGCUUUGGCGGGUCUUUUCGCGCCGCCGAAGACCUUACAAUCUAUGAGAUCACCGACUUCAAAAAUGUUUCUUGAUGCUAAACAGUCGUUCACCAAUGUAGAGGCUGCAUCACUCAUGGCUGUAUGUUUUCACGCUUUAGUUGCCGCGGCGCCGUUAGUAAGCGAUCCAAGGCAAUUAAAUGACAUGUCUCGUAUAAGGGCCCACGGACUAUCGCUUGCCGGUGGCGGUACGGUCGCGAGACAGCCAACUUCCCUGUGUUUGCAAUAUGAAGAUGCUUUCACAGAUAGCAUGGCUCUCCGGUUGGCAAGGAGGCUACUUAGGGUAAUCCCAACGCGGCGAUACUUCGAUGAGCUGAUUGAGUUAGACUUAGAUAAAGAGGAUGGAGUUAAAGAACCUGACGUUGUUGAGUUAUUACUAUCGCAUCUCGAGUCCUCUACACCGCCGAUAUUACAUUUUUCAAAAGCCGAGCGAAGUAUGCACGAGAAAAGGGUUCCGGUUUUACUUUUGGAUUGGGCACGGGCUGUAAUGCUUCAUGAAUGGGAGGGUCAGCCAGAUGUUUCUGGAGACGGUCCCUUCGGUGGUGCCAUCUCUCUGAUGACGGCAAUGUAUCAGAAGCGUCAAUCUCUCCUCCUUGGUGACGUCCAUUUUCGCGCCGAAUACUUUGGUGACCGUCUCGACCCCAUUCAAAUGCCAGUUUCUUGGUUAUCCUUCACCUCAACUAGGCGAAAAGUUCAUUUAUUGGAUUAUCCGUACCUUUUCAAUCCUGCCUCUUUGGUUUCGUACUUUAGAGCUAUCAACUUCUGGCGGAUGAGCCGUUCUUAUGAAGAGUCCACCUCGUUACAAAGUCGAAUCAAUGCUAUUAUUGCCCCUGACAGCCUUGUCACGGAGUCGCACCAGAAAAACGUACUUCAAGAUCUCUUGAAAGUUGCAUCAUCAAAAUACCUGAUCCUUGAUAUCAGCCGUAAAAACGUGCUUCGGGAUGCCUUUGACCAGCUCUGGAGACGACAAGAACGCGAACUGUUGAGACCGUUGAAAGUUCAUCUUGGGGAAGACAGCGGGGAAGAAGGGUUCGACUCCGGCGGUGUGCAGCAAGAAUUCUUUCGUCUUGCCAUAGCUGAGGCUUUAAAUCCUACUUACGGUGCUUUCGUCAUUGAUGAUAGAACACGAAUGACGUGGUUUCAGCCCGGUUCUGUCCAGCCUGAAUGGAAAUUUGAACUAAUCGGACUACUUAUCUCGUUGGCCGUUUACAAUGGACUGACACUCCCGAUCACAUUCCCAAAAGCGCUGUACCGCAAGCUUCUGGGCGAGCCUGUCACUGAGCUGUACCAUAUCGCUGACGGGUGGCCAGACCUCGCUAACGGGCUUACCAGCGUUCUCGAAUGGAAUGAAAAAGAUGGCCCCGUAGAGGAUGUUUUCGUCCUUACUUACGAGUUUUCCACGUCUAUGUUUGGCCAGCCAGUUUCGCGAGAAAUGGAGUCAUCAAAGCCGGUAGCCUGGCCACAAUUCUCUAGCCAUCCAGAUCCUACUCUCCUUUCGGCGUCCAAUCCAGGCAGCGCACCACUUGUCACAGGCGACAACCGCAACGCUUAUGUGAGCGACUACAUCCGAUACCUAACAGAUAUCUCGGUCGCUCCUCAAUUUAACGCUUUUGCCCGUGGUUUCCGAGCUUGUCUGCACCCAAAGUCCCUGCAGCUUCUGACACCCUCAUUAUUACAAAAUCUAGUAGAGGGUACGCAGGAAAUUGACGUUGGAGAGCUCCGUCGUGCAACACGUUACGUGGGUUGGGACGCGUCGCACCGUACCGUGCGCGACUUCUGGUCUAUUGUUAAGAGAUAUGAUGACCGUAUGCGCAGGAAGUUGCUUGAGUUCGUCACCGCCAGCGACCGUGUCCCCGUUGGCGGCAUGGCCAAUAUUCAAUUCGUUGUACAAAAGAACGGCGAGGAGGAAGGCGAAGGUGGUCACUUACCUACUGCGUAUACGUGCUACGGCACCCUUCUACUCCCAGAGUACCGUGAUAAGGAGGUCCUUCGAGAGCGACUUACCAUGGCGCUUGAAAAUGCUCAGGGAUUCGGGUUCGCAUAAAUUGCACCAUGGAAA